AUGGCACGUGUCCAGAUGAAAAGGAAGCAGGUGGUCUUAUGUGUUAUACCUAUAGUUUUGAUGAUGCACCUCAUGGCCAAAAUAUUUCACAGUCAAGAGAGUCAGCCACACCAAAAAGAUACCAUUCUACUGAUCUGGUUUUGGCCAUUGGGCCACGAAUUUGAACCAGAUUCCUGCACCUCAAAAUUUAACAUAGACGGUUGUCAUCUCACUGCUGACAGAUCACUGUACACCGAGGCAGAUGGAGUUCUUCUUCAUCAAAGAGACAUUGCCAAGGACCUUUCAAAUCUACCCAAAUUACACCGGCCAUUCUUUCAGCAAUGGGUAGGGAUGCUAUUUGAAUCUCCUGAGGAUUCAAGCAGAAUACCUGGCCUGGACAACUUCUUCAACAUCACUAUGAGCUACCAAGAGGAUGCUGACAUUGUUGUUCAUCGAAAGUUGGUGUUAAAACAUAGAGACACUGAAGAGAGCAACCCCUUACCAACAAAAACAAAAUCUUUUUGCCGGCUGGAUUACGGCGAUCAGGAUGAAAGUCCUGAAAGACUGAAGUACUACAGUGACCUUAAAGAACUCAUUACUGUUGAAGUACUUAGACAGCAUACUCAGAAUAGUGCUGAGGUAUACUCAUCAGCAGUUAAAAGUUGCAAGUUCCACUUGGCAUUGGAGAGCACUAAACAUUCUGAUGAGAAAACAGCAGAAUACAUGGCUGAAAAACUCCACAAUUCGCUACACUGGGGCACAGUGCCAGUGGUUUCAGGGCUAUCAAGGAAAAUAUAUGAAGGCUUAAUCCCCAGAGGUGCCUUCAUUCAUGUGGAUGACUUCAACAGUCCAAAAGAGCUUGCUGACUAUCUUAGCAUGCUGGACGAGAAUGAAGAUAAAUAUGACCAGUUCUUAAGCUGGCGCAAAAACUUUAGUGUCACACAUUUUGCCUUUCCACUGGAGCACGCGUGUCUGGCAUGCAGCUACAUCCGAGAGACUACAGUCCCCCAAGUUUUCAGUCAUAUUGGCCAAUGGGAAGAGAGCAGGGACUAA